AUGAAGAACCUAGGCAGAGCAUCGCUCUUGGUCGGUCUCUCGACCCUGGCCAGCUGCAGCAAGUUGAACGUCCCGCUCGACUACACGGACAAGUCGUCGAACAAGACCCUCGAACUCGACCUCAUCAAGUAUCCCGCCCAGAACGGCCCCUCCCAAGGGUCCAUCUUGCUCAACUUUGGAGGUCCCGGCCAGGAUGGCCUCAACAGCAUGGUCGCUUAUGCGCCCAUCCAGGCCCCCAUCACUGGCGGACAAUUUGAUCUCAUCAGCUGGGACCCUAGGGGCACCGGCAACACUCUUCGAUUCGCAUGCUUCGAACCCGAAGAGAUUGGCACGCAGUACGCUCAAGGCGUGCCCGACGCUUCCGACACGGCUCCCGGGCAGGUCUGGGCAGAGGCCCAGAUCCUCGCCAAGACCUGCGGAGAGACGCAAAAGGCCAACGGCGGCCUUGUCGGCAUGGCCUUCACGUCGAGGGACAUGAUUGAGAUUGUGGAUGCGCUCGAAGAGGACGGCCUUCUUCGAUACUGGGGCCUCUCUGGCGGUACGGCUCUCGGCGCGACCGUGGCAGCCAUGUUCCCCGAGAGAGUUGACAAGAUCAUUCUCGACGGUGUCAUGAACUCUCACCAGUACUACCACUCUUUCGGAAACCCAGCUCCUCGACUCCAGCGACGAGACCUUCGACGCCUUCCUCGACGCCUGCGUCGCCACCCCCAACAAGUGCCCCUCGGCACCCGCUUCGACACCGCCGACGAGCUCAAGUCCGCCAUCGCCGACUUCUUCGAGGACCUCAACAUCGCCAACACCCUCACCCUCAGCACCCUCUACCGCCCCAACUCCUACCAGAACCUGUCCAGGGUCAUCGACGGCCUCCUCGACGGCGAUACCUCGCCCGUCGCCGACGUCUUCUUCGGACCCGGCGCCGCCGCCCUAUCCGACCUCGACGCCAUCGAGGAGGAGUUCCGCCAGGAGAGCAAGCUGUUCCCCGGUUUCGCCCGCGGCUACUACGUCUACGCCUGCGCGUUGUGGCCGUUUGAGGCCAAGGAGCGGUACGAGGGCGACUUCCACGUCAAGACCAAGAACCCUCUUCUCUUUAUCGGAAACACCUACGAUCCCGUCACGCCCUUGGCUUCGGCCAAGAACAUGAGCGCUGGCUUCGAGGGAAGCGUUGUUCUUCAGCACAACGGUUUCGGACCCUCCAACUGCACCAUCAAGGCUAUUCAGAAGUAUUUCGCUAGCGGUGAGCUGCCCGAGGCCGACACCGUCUGUGAGCCCAACUUGCCCCUGUUUGCCGAGGACCCGGAGAUUUAG